AUGUCUGCUAUUACACAAUCGCCAUUUCCAACCGCCCACCUUUGCUCCCAUGCUCCGAACCGCAUCAAAUCGUUCAUUACCCCACCGAUGACCCACUCUAAACUCAAACCCCUCCGCCACCUCUCCCACCACCUACGCCGCCGUGGCCUUACUAUCUCCGCCGCUGCCGUCCGCCAAGACACCACUCUCUGGACCUCUACUCCUCUGUUAGAAGUCUCCCCAGCUGCCGAGUCUCUUUUCCACAUCGCCAUCGACGUCUCUGAUUCCCCGGACCUCGCCUCCUCCUAUACGAAGGCUGGCCAGUACCUCCAGCUCCGCCUCCAGGACCCCAAUACAAAACCCUCCUUCCUCGCAAUCGCGUCCCCGCCUUCUACCGCCGCGUCGAAGGGAGUUUUCGAGUUCCUCGUGAAAUCCAUCACGGGGUCCACCGCGGAGAUCCUUUGCGGGCUGCAGAAGGGUGAUAUUGUAGAAUUGAGUCAGGCAAUGGGUAAGGGAUUUGAUAUUGAUCAAAUAUCCCCGGCCGAGAAUUAUCAGACAGUACUCAUUUUCGCUACUGGAUCUGGAAUUAGCCCAAUACGGUCUUUAUUAGAAUCAGGUUUUGGUGCGGAGAAGAGAUCUGAUGUCAGGCUCUAUUAUGGUGCUAGAAAUCUUAGUAGGAUGGCAUAUCAGGAAAGGUUUAAAGAGUGGACUUCGUCGGGAGUCGAAAUUGUGCCAGUAUUGUCUCAGCCAGAUGAUAGCUGGACAGGGGAGCAAGGUUAUGUGCAGGCUGCAUUUGCUAGAGCCAAAAGAAUCUUCGGCCCCCAGUCUACUGGGGCAGUGCUUUGUGGACAAAAACAGAUGACAGAGGAGGUUACUUCUAUUCUUGUGGGUGAUGGUGUAUCAAGCGAGAAGAUUCUAAAGAACUUCUGA